AUGAAAGGCCAAGUAACUCAUUCUAAAAAUCUUCCAGAUAAAAUUAUUGAAGUACAACUAUUAGCUGAAGACAAUACAAAAGAUAAUGAUAAUGAUUUUCAGUCUCGUGAAAGUUUGGCACAGGAGACAUUUAGAACCACAGAAAUCCCACUUAAUGUAAGCCAUUCAUCGACUCUUGUUAAAUCUUUAAAUUCAUUAAUCAACUUAACUUCCGAAUUGAGUGUGACAAUACUGUAA